ACUCCGCUUCCGCUUCCCUCCUCUUUUCUCUCACAUCUCCUUAGAUCUCUCUCUCUCUCUCUCUCUCUCUCUCCUGAUCUGGUAUUUCUCUUCCUCCUCGAAUCAAAUCUCUCCUUUUUAUUAUUUUUGUGGCUUUGGGAUCCUUGCCAUGGCUGCUCCACCUGCCAGAGCUCGAGCCGAUUACGAUUACCUCAUUAAGCUCCUCCUGAUCGGCGACAGCGGUGUGGGUAAGAGUUGCCUUCUUCUGCGUUUCUCUGAUGGGUCCUUUACAACUAGUUUCAUUACAACCAUUGGUAUUGAUUUCAAGAUAAGGACCAUAGAGCUUGAUGGGAAACGAAUUAAAUUGCAAAUUUGGGAUACUGCUGGUCAAGAACGGUUUCGAACAAUUACAACUGCUUACUACCGUGGAGCCAUGGGUAUUUUGCUCGUGUAUGAUGUCACUGAUGAGUCAUCGUUUAACAACAUUAGGAAUUGGAUUCGUAACAUAGAACAGCAUGCUUCUGACAAUGUCAACAAGAUCCUUGUGGGUAACAAGGCUGACAUGGAUGAAAGCAAAAGGGCUGUCCCAACUUCAAAGGGUCAAGCACUUGCUGACGAAUAUGGAAUCAAAUUCUUUGAGACUAGUGCAAAGACGAAUUUGAAUGUGGAGGAGGUCUUCUUUUCAAUAGCUAGGGAUAUCAAGCAAAGACUCGCCGAUACUGACUCGAGGGCUGAGCCUCAGACAAUCAAGAUUAAUCAACCAGACCAGGGAGCUGGGGCUGCUCAAGCUGCCCAAAAAUCAGCGUGUUGCGGUUGAAAACUGUGGCGAACAUGAUAUGAUGGGUAAAUGUUCAAGGCAAACGCAACCACCGCGCUGGGGAGAAAAACUGAUUUGUCACAACUAUGUUACUUGUGCUUGUAUCGCUUUCUUUUAUCAUUAUUUGAUAAUUACUACUGAUUUGGGUGCGAAUGGUAGAUCCUCAUAUUUUGGCAAGUCAAUUAUAUAUUAGUUGAUUUUUCAUGAG